AUUCAAAACCGCUGAGUGCUCUGUAGUCGAUUUUGAGUUGUGGAUGAUGUGAGAUCAGCUGUAGUUGAAAAUAGUAGACGACACUAAAUUUUUUUGAGAUGCGGUCGCUUGGAAUAACACUUAUUAGCCUCGGAUUAACAAGUAUAGUAAUUGGAAAUGCAUAUUACCAAAAGAAACAGUUUUAUCCGUCUAUUGUGUACAUUACAAAAUCAAAUCCGAGUAUGGCGGUGAUUUAUGUUCAGGCAUUUAUUCUUGUUAUACUUGCUGGAAAAUUGAUGCGGAAAGUGUUCUUUGGUCAGUUACGAGCUGCUGAAUUCGAGCAUCUGGUAGAACGAUCAUGGUAUGCAGUGACAGAAACCUGCCUUGCUUUCACUAUGUUCAGAGAUGACUUCAGUCCAAAGUUUGUGGCACUCUUCAUACUGCUUCUGUUCCUGAAAUGCUUCCAUUGGCUAGCUGAGGAUCGUGUUGACUUUAUGGAACGUAGUCCAGUUCUCUCUCAUCUUUUCCACGUCCGAAUUGUAUCUCUGCUGAUGAUGUUAGCAGGACUUGAUAUGCAUUUUGUUGAGCAUGCGUACCAUUCCACAGUAACAAAAGGAGCAUCAGUGCAACUGGUAUUUGGCUUUGAAUAUGCUAUUCUGCUCACUAUCGUCUUCAAUAUAACCAUAAAAUACACUCUUCAUACGAUCGAUCUCAACAGUGAUAGUCCAUGGGAAAACAAGGCCGUUUUCCUUCUCUAUACUGAACUUGUUAUGGGUUUCAUCAAGGUUAUUCUGUAUAUUACAUUUGUUGCCAUAAUGGUCCGAAUUUAUACAUUACCAUUGUUUGCCUUCCGUCCAAUGUAUUACACUAUGAGGUCAUUUAAAAAAGCCUUCAAUGAUGUUAUUCUGUCUCGGCGCGCUAUAAGAAACAUGAACACGUUGUAUCCUGAUGCUACACCAGAGGAACUAGCAGCUGCUGAUAAUGUUUGCAUCAUCUGCAGAGAGGAGAUGGUGUCAGCAUCUAAAAAGCUGCCGUGCAAUCAUAUCUUCCACACGGCAUGCUUACGAUCAUGGUUCCAAAGGCAACAGACAUGCCCCACAUGCCGACUCAACAUACUUCGCACUCCAGCACCGUCACAACCUGCACAACAGCAGCAGCAGCAACAGCAGCAGCAGCAACAACAACAGCAGCAGCAACAGCAGCAGCCACAACAAGUUCCUCUUGUGGGACCACCUCCUUUAAUUCCCCAGAUGCCACCACCAGGUGGCCUAAACAUACCUCCAUUUGUUGGUCCACUUCCAUUCUGGCAAAUGUUUCAACCACAUGUACAAGCUCAACCGCAGCCACAGCCACAACCACCUCAACAGAGGCCAGACCAGCCAUCCACAGCAGCAACACAGCAAGCAGCAGCAGCAGCAGGCACUUCUGCACCAUCAGGAGCUGCCGCUGGUGGAUCGGCGGAUGGCACUGCCAGUCAGCAACAAGCCUCAGGAUCUGCAGCUGGAGGAGUAGCUGCAGGAGCAACAUCCGUGGGAGGAACUGGGACAGGAGGAAUGCCUUUUAUUUGCCCACCAUUCCCUUUCAUGCCCUUUAUUCCGCCACCACCUGUUCCACCACCUAAUCUUGCUGCAUUCACUACAGAGGAGCUUCAUCGUAUGGAGGGCAACACCAGGGAGGCUGUGGAAGCUCGCUUGCAGUGCCUUCGUAACAUUCAAUUACUGCUUGAUGCUUCAGUUGCCAUGAUGCAGCAAUAUGCUUCAGUGGCAGUCAGGAUAGAACAAGUGACAACAAAAGUAGGUAAUGAUCAGGUGCUGGUUAAUGGAACAGGAAGUAAUGAUGUAGAGUCAAAUACGGGUCCAGCAGCUACAGAGACAGGAGCUGCAGGUGAAACGAGACAGUCAACUGAUGUCGCAUCUGCUCUUGCAAGCAGUGCUAGCAGCUCCAGCAGCAGUAGCAGCAGAGCAGAAACAUAUCCUGUUUCAAAUUCAUCCAGUGAUGCUAAUAACUCAAGUCCCACUGAACAAGAAGAGAUCAGACGAAGAAGAUUACAGAGAUUUGCACAAGCAACUGACUGAACUGUAUUAUAUUUUCAAGUGUUAUGUCUUGUCUGUUUUGUUUGUUUUCUGUUGUGAGUGAUAAAGAUCAUUGCUUUUGCAGUGGAAGUUGUGUGACAAAUCAAGACCCACGUAUGCCAUUUAUUAUUUAAUAAUUCAGUUUACAAAGACCACAUGAAAUCAUGUCAAUUAAAUGGCACACAUUUUGUAAAGGAAAUAUAUAUCCAAAAUUAAAUGCAGGUCAUUAUUAACUGUACACAGAUAUGCUUACAUUUAAGGAAGUGGAUGUCUUUUGAAUGUGGGGUAAUCUAUAUAUUAUUUUAUGGACUGUAAUGUAAUUGCGAAAUUAUCAUUUCUUUAUUUGUACAGUGUAAAAUUUCUGUUGUGUGUGUGUGUGUGUGUGUGUGUGUGUGUGUGUGUGUGUGUGUGUGUGUGUGUGUGUGACCGAGGGGGGGGG